CUCCACCUCUCUAGGUGUACAUUUCUCGAUCUCUCGCUCUAAUCGUCGCCAUCUUCAUAAUGUCAAGAAUGAUGGAGCCACUUGUAGUAGGAAGAGUGAUAGGAGAGGUGGUGGACUCAUUCACACCAAGUAUCACGCUGAGUGUAACGUACAAUCUCAAUAAGACGGUCUCUAAUGGUCACGAGCUCAUGCCUAAUCUCAUUACUUAUAAACCCCGUGUCGAUAUUGGUGGAGAAGAUAUGAGAUCUGCCUAUACUCUUAUAAUGACUGAUCCAGAUGUUCCAGGCCCAAGUGAUCCUUAUCUAAGAGAGCAUCUUCACUGGAUAGUUACAGACAUUCCUGGCACUACUGAUGCUUCCUUUGGAAGGGAGAUAGUGAGCUAUGAGACACCAAAGCCGGUGAUAGGGAUUCACCGCUAUGUAUUCCUGCUGUUUAAGCAGAAAACAAGGAAGUCGGUGUGUCCACCGUCUUCCAGGGAUCAUUUCAAUACUCGUAGCUUCAGUCAAGAAAAUGGCUUGGGGUUACCGGUUGCUGCUGUCUAUUUCAAUGCUCAAAGAGAAAAUGCAGCCCGUCGAAGAUGAUUAAUUAAUUAUACAUAUCGUGCAUUUAAAUUGAGGUAUCUCAACGUACCGAAAUGAAGAAGAAGAAAGGGGAGAAUGAGUAAAA